AGAGAAAAACAAGAGUGAGCCUCCUGCCCACAGGACCCAGUACUACCGAGUGGACUGCAGCCUGCAAAGCAACAUGUGUGUAGAAACUUCAGCCACGUUCUCUCUUCUCCUGCUUGUUAUCGCAUCGACAAUGGCCCAGGACUGCUCCCAGCCCUGUGCUUGCCCUGCAGACCCCCCACUCUGCCCGUUGGGGACCAGCCUGGUCCUGAAUGGCUGUGGCUGCUGUAAGGUGUGUGCCAAGCAGCUGGGGGAGCCCUGCUCCAUGCUGGAGCCCUGUGACCAUCACAAAGAGCUCUACUGUGACUACGCUCUGCUGAGUGACACUGAGACUGGCAUCUGCAUGGCUCAAGAGGGUCAGACGUGUGACCUAGGGGGGGUGGUCUACCGCAGUGGGGAGUCCUUCCAGCCCAGCUGUAAGCACCACUGUGUGUGUAUGAAUGGAGAAAUCGGCUGUGUGCCAAUGUGUGCCAGUGACAUCCGGCUGCCCUCCCUCGACUGCCCAUACCCACGCCGGAUCCAGAUCCCCGGGAGAUGCUGUGAGGAGUGGGUGUGUGAGCAGAUGCCUCAGGACCACCACUACCAGUCAGUGAUUGCCGGAGCCUCUCAGAUUCAUCCUCUGUCCUCUUCAAAUCCUGUCUCAGUCUUCAGACAGGCUUCUCCCUAUGGGCCACACGGAGAGAGUCACAAAGAUAAUUGCAUAGUCCAGACUACAGAGUGGAGUGAGUGCUCGGCCACCUGUGGCAUGGCCGUCUCAUCCCGUAUCACCAACGACAACCAGCGCUGCCAGCUGGAGAGGCAGACCAGGAUCUGCAUGGUCCGGCCCUGCAACAGCCAACUUGUGAAAGAAAUCAAGAAAGGGAAGAAAUGUGUCCGGACACCAAAGGCCCAGCAAGGGAUGCACUUUGAGCUGUCAGGCUGCUCCAGCACCAGGCUGUACAAACCGAAGUUCUGCGGCGUCUGUACAGACAAUCGCUGCUGCACGCCUCACACCACCAUCACAGCCGAGGUGGAGUUCCGCUGUCCAGAGGGAGAUGUCUUCAUGAAGAAGAUGAUGUUUAUCAAGACCUGCUCCUGCCAUCAUGACUGUCCUCAUGAUAACGACAUCUUCCUGGCAUCCAAUACUCGGAGGAUGAUUGGGGAUUAUGACAACAAUAUGUGACCAGAGACUUAUGCACACACACACAUUGAAACCCAUUCAUCAGGACUGCAACAUGCUAACAACCAAGCCAACGCUCUGCCUUUACAACCACACACACAUUCAGUGUAAUCCAGACUUCAAGCGAUGGGUCAGAAAUUCAUUACCUUUUCUUAAAGAGACAACAACAUUUUCUUGUUUAAUUGUUGGUUUGCUUUGAGGAAAGAUGAUGAGGCCAGUGUUGUUAUGAAAUGUAUGUCUGGACAACGUCUGGUAAGAGGCAAUACAAAAAUAGAAAAAUAGGCCUUAAAAUAAAUUCGAUCAGAGAUUUACACAUGUUGGAAGAACAAUGCCCACACUAAGAUACACAGUUGUCCCGGCCAGAACUAAAAAAAUCAGAAAGAAUUUGGCUGUACUUGCUUCUGCCUACAAUCAAUCCUGCCAGGUUAAGAGAUGAAGGAGAGCAAGACAUGUUUAUUUUUCUAAGAUACAAACUGACGACAUACUGACAAAGAAAUGUAUGGAAACAUAUCAGGUCUUACAUUUUUUUAAUCUGUAUCAAAAGAUAAACCCACCAUAAGGCAGCUGCUACUGAUGCACCCUGUUACCAAGGGUCUGGUGACAGUACCCCACAAUCCAAGAAUCUCUUCGAAAACAGUGUCUGGCAUCAGAGGACAUUUACAUCUGACUCCAGAAAGCACCUUUGAUCAGAAACAAGGACUGCAUCUCCAAACAUACUCUAGAAAGUACAACCAACUGUACUCUGCUCACAUGAUGACAACUGGCACUGAACAGGGUCGUAAGAAACAGCACUGAAGAGUGGAACUUUGAUCAAAAUUAUUUUAUAUGGUUUCCAAAGAUCAAAAAUGAAUUUCCAUUCUCAAAUAUAAAGACAUGCAUGUCUUUACUAAUCACAUACCAGGAUACAGUGUAGCCAUGUUGUAUGGUUUUCUAUUCCAUAGGAUUCUGCAAGUUGCGUUAGUGGACAUGACUUCAGAUCUAAAUACUCAAAUAUUUACAAAAUAAAUGAGCCAAGCACUUGAUUGUCUUUAUUUAGAUAAUGUUUGAAUGAUGGCUCUUAAAGCUUUGUAAUUUCAAGUCAUGCACAAUCUUGAAAAUGUAGACUUUAACAGCACUGACAUUAUGACCAUUAUUUGUUACAUUGAGACUCAAAGGUAAUUUAGUUCUGAUCUUGAGACAAUGAAAACAAUAUCACUGUAGGAUAACAGUCUCUAAAGAUGAAUAGGAGCACCUCAACUGCACUAUUGUUUUUAAAUCCUGAAAUAACAUUUAUUCUCUAUCUAUAAUUAAUGAGUGACCAACGUUUUUGGGGCAUUUACAGGAAAACAGUGAAUGCUACAAAAUAGUGUAACAGACGUAGAGAAACUGGCUCAAUAAUGUUAUUGAAGUUUGUUGACCGUAGCUAAGAUUAGCUACCAUGAACCUAAUCUUAAAACAAAAUGUUAACCAAAGAUGAAGAUUAUGUUACUAUUUUUCAUAAAGGUAAUGUAUUAUAUAUUUUUGCAAAUGUGGCCUAAGUGAUGUGAUAAGACUUGAAAAAUGACAAUCAAACAUGGCCACUCUGCCUUUACACAGAGAAAUCGUGUUGGCUAGCUGUAUUAAAGUGUCUUUCUGAGAGUACAGGUAACACAAUGUGGGUACAUCCAUGAAAGUUGAUAAGAAAUUUCAAUUAAAAAACCUCCUGAAAUGUAACGAAAAUGACAGACUGGGGGAGAUGUAGUUCCCUGGCAGCCACUGAAAUGCUCCUGGAGAAACUGCCCACACCAAGUCAUGCAAGGGGAAACAAAAGUUGAAAUAUUUGCCUUACAUUUAUUAUGUACUACUAAUUUCUGAAAGUAAUGACAAUACAGGAGACGUCAGUUUUUGUAUUUAAAUAUGUUAUCACACAUUUAGUCUCUCUUUAGUCUGUUUUGACAUUGGUCGCCUCCUGAGAAGAUGGAGGUCAGUUACUAACUGCUGAUUGGUCUAGUUCAGUGUCCUUUGUCUUUUCAAUUCCAGUAGUUUUUCUAUUCUGACGCCACAGUCUAAAGACUAGUGGAGGGAAGAAAAUUAUGUAACAUGGCUAAAAUUAAUUUGACUCCCAUUAUUAACUGUAUAUUUAAAAAAGAAGGACAUGGACAAAUUUAGCAUUUGCUAAAUAAAGCUGUGUAUAUACUGUAAGACUGUGUACAGUUUUGUACUAUAAUUUAUACAAUUUGUUUAAACACAGUAUUGUAGCUCUGUAACUGUAUCCUAUUGCUUUGUUUUUUCACUGUAGCCACCUGACUAAGAUACAAGUGAGUCAUUGUCUGUUGCACUUUUGCCUCUUUUUCAAUAAACAAAGUUUAUUUUUAUAGAUA